AUGGAGACAACGCCAUCAGUUCAGUGUGGUUUGCCACCAAAUGUGUCGUUGAAUGCAGUUGAUAACUUAUGGGAACGAUACAAACCAAUUAACGAAUAUUUGAAGAAGCCAUUAGGUGAAAUGUUAGAUCUGGACGUAGCGUAUAAAAUAUGUUUACAACAUUUAAUGGCCACGAAAAGAUUACUCCAGCAAAAGAAUCUAACCGCUAACGAGAUUAAUAGGCUGCUAGAUAAAGUAGAGCGUGAGCUGGUUCUAGCGCAGAAGAUAGCAUUUUGGAAACGAGAUGUGCUCAUUUCAACUGACAGACAACUGUUUAGUUUUACCGGGCGGAAAAGUAAACCUAAAAUCGAAAAAGUCGUAACAGUGAAGCCAAAGGUUCGAACCAAGAAGACGGUAACGUCGAAUGUCAAAGACAAUGUCCGCCGUUCCGAAAGACGAUCGCCGUUUGUGGUCAAAUCAAAAGAGAAAGAUGUUUCUGCUCCGGUAGUCGUUACCCCUGAAACGAAUGUCUCAUUAACGUGCCGCACGAAGAGGAAAGCCAAAGAAAUGGACAAUAGCCCAGAAAAUAGUGCUGCUACAAAUUCACCAAACGCGACAUCAACUGUUCCUAAGAAACGAACAAGUGGUCGUUUGGUAAAGUCGUCAGCUCGAAAGAAACAACUUGCCAAUAAUCCUAUUAAUACGUCAGCUUCUGCGUUACCUACUGAUGAACCUACUUAUUGCCUGUGUGAACAGAUAUCAUUUGGUGAAAUGAUUGGAUGUGACAAUGAGAAGUGCUUAGUGGAGUGGUUUCAUUUCGAAUGCGUUCAGCUGAAGGUGAAACCGAAAGGUAAAUGGUACUGUCCGUUGUGUCGUGGCGAUCGCUUCAACGUGCUUAAAUCCUCACUCGCUCGAUAG